AUCAAAUAAUUAACUAAUCCCGAUUAUUACGGUUCUGGCCCAAUCGAUCACCAUCGUCGCGGCGACCGACUACUGCACGCUCCUCGCAAUGGCGGCGGACACGACGGUGACCCGAUCGCCGGAGCAAUCCAAGAAAUCGGGCGGCAGCGACGACGCGGAAGAGGAGAAGGAGGAGACUCAGGAGAGGGAGGCCAAGAAGAUGAAGACCAAUCCAGCGUCAGUGGAAGCCGCCGCCAGGGACGACGAUGGGGACGAGGAGUUGGAGAUCUCGUCUCCGCUCUGCGAGCCCUACAUCCCCGACGAGCUGGACGACCCCUACCGCUACCGGGGGAUAUCCGCCGCCUACGAGAUCGCGAGAGCCGAAUUCUCUGAAAAAGAAGGUCGCCUGAAUAAACUGCCGACGCGCAAGUAUUUCCAUUCGCCGGUCCUCCACGUCCCUGACCCCGGAAGGAAGGCCGCGCUCUCCACCGCGAGAUCCCUCCUCCGUCUCUCCUCCUAUCUAGAUGGCGAGCCGCUGGGGCAUUCUGCCGGUCUUUGGAUCGACUGGGACGAGGAGAGCAGAACCGGCAUCCUUCUGACAACCGCGCAUCUGAUCCGCGCCAAAAAGCCUUACACGAAAGGCCGCCGGUGGCGCACAGGCCCGUACCACUAUCACCCUGGUGCUCAAGUUACGGUUCACUUGCUUGACGACACCACUGCGGAGGGCCAUCUGCUGUACCACCAGGAGCAUUAUGACCUUGCUUUCUUCAAGGUUGCAGUGGAUGAACGUGUUCAACCAGUCUCUUUUGCUGACACGGUCGGUGAUGGUCAAGAGGCUUUGCGGCUUGGAAGGGAACAAAAUUUGAAUCUAAAGAUAGUCCGUGGCACGGUGGAGUAUCAGAAUAAUCCAAUACUAGAUGAGGGACACCACUACAUGCACUUUUCUCGACAUGGAAAAUAUGAGAAGGCAGAUACACGAAGGAGAGAAAAUGAGUGGAGGUCAAAGGCAAAGGGUUUUUACGUCCUACCUAGGUGUGAAGAUGGUGGAGACCCCAUCAUUGAUUUUGGUGGAAAGGUUGUGGGGAUGACCAACCGUUGUGAAAGCUGGUAUUUUGUUCCCUCUUCUGUUUUGAAUGGGUGCGUUGAUUUGUGGAGAAAUUUUGGGUGCAUCCCUCGGCCCCUCCUUGGUUUGCAGUUUGAGGCCAUAAAGUUUCUAGAUCCUACACAUGCUGAAUAUAUAUGGCGCAAGUUAAACAUUGAUGAUGGUCUUGUUGUCGAGGAGGUGUCGACUGCAUCACAUGCUGAGGAAGUUGGAAUCCGAGUAGGUGAUAUUAUUCAGCGGAUUAAUGGAGAACUCACUUCUACCACAACUGAGUUGGAAAACAAGUUGCUGGGCAUAUGUAGGGGCAAUUUUGAUAGAGGAACUGACAUUAAUGACAAAGUGGAUGUUUCUGUACGGGUAUUUCACACGGCCAACCGUGUCUGGAGAACACAACAUUUAAGUGUAAAUGUAUCUGACUGCCGAGAAGUUGUUGACCGAGCUUAUUAUCCUAUAACAAAUAGAGAAGAGUUUUCUGAUCCGGUGUCACCUGAACAAGUUGACUCUGACUCUGACUCAGAGUCGAACUUGAGCCGCUUCAUGUGAUGGUGCAUGUCGUCCAAGUAAUUUUUGUACGAUGGAAGGAAUAAAAUCAAUAAGAAAAAAACAGAUUGUUUACCUAAGUAGGAAAAAUACAUCCUACCACCCAGGGAUAGCUACCCCACAUGUAUAUAUAUUACUAAGGUAUAUUACUUUAUCAUUCUAAAUAUGUUCAUAAACUAUAUCUAAGGUAUUUCAAAGCUACCUAU